AUGUCCGAUAAUUAAUAAUCAUCUGAAAUUCCAGAAUAACUCAAUCUAGAUUCUACUCUUUAAUCAGAUUAACCUUAAGAAUCAAAAGUUCUCAAUACUUGGGCUAGAUCAUCAAAAGAUUUAAUUGAUAAAUAUAAAAAUAAGUUUGAUGCAUUUAAAGCCAUGGCUGUACAAAUAGGUUAUAAUGAUCCAACAUAAUAAUAAACUAAAAUCGAGAACAAAUUAGAUCAAUUUAAAAAAAUGGAGGUCAAUCCAGAAAUAAAUGAAGAUGAAAAAGUUACUUAAAAUCAAAAUGUGGUUUAACAUAAUUUAAUUAAUGAUAAACCUUUUGAAAUACCUUCUUUUAACCUUUAACAGCCUGAUUCUAAACAAAACUUAAAUGAACAGAAUGAAAUUAUACAAUAGACUGUAUAAUUUUAAGAAGAUUCUAUAAAAUUAAUCUAACCUCUUGAAAAUACAUUCAAGUAAGAAUAAUCUAUUGAUUCAAUUAAAUAUGAUAUGAAACUUAAUGAAUAAACCAAUCUUGAUUCAUUUCCGGUAAAAUAGGAAAUAUAAUCAUAAAAAAAAUUAGAUAGCUUAUUUAAUUUAGAUUUUGGAUCUAAAAAUCAAGAUAUUGUUGAAUAGAAAGCAAUUGUCAAUCAAGAGCCACCAGUUGUAGCAAAUAAUUAUAUAGAAUUAUUAGAUUAAUUUAAGAGUGCUACUACAUUAGAAGAUUUAACUGAUUUAUUCAAUCGUAGAACUCCUUUCAAAGAAAGAAGCAAUCACUAAGAUCUACCAUAAAAUAUAAUUAAUAAUGAUUAUAAUUCUACAAAUAUUAAUGUUAAUGGUGAUUAAAAUUAAAAAUAAAGAGCUAAAAAUUUGGAAAAUCUUUUAUAAUAAUUUAAAACUCCAAAUAAAUAAGAAGGUUUACUAGAAAAUGGAAGUGGUAAGAAUGGUGGUACUUAUUUAAACUCUUAAGUUCCAUAAGUUAAUAUUAAAUUAUCUAAUGGUAAAUCUCCAAAUGCAAGAUUUGGUUUUAUUUAAGCAAGUCCUUCUUCUUAAUUUAUUGGUACAUCAGGUUAGAAAACAAAAAAAGAAAAUACUUAUCUUAAUGCUAAAGUUUAAUAAACUAUGAAUUUCACAAUUGAAGUUAAGGAUAAUGUAAAACCUUAUAAAAGAAAAGAUGAAUUAUCAAAUUUUAUGGGUAAAUUAGGAUUGGGUAAAUAUGAAGCACCAAAAGUAACAAUUAACUUAGAUUAAUAAAAUGGAUAAAGUAAAUAAAUUAUUUUUAUUAUUCUUAGACGCCUUUGAUCGAUUAAAACAUUAUGUUAAUAACAUUGGACAUACAAGUGCAAAGAGAACACCAAGUUCAGGCUUAGAUGAGCUAGUCAAUGACAAAUCUUUUAAUACUUGCACUUUUAAAUAAUAAAUGAAAGCUUACAAGAAAGACAAAGGAGACAGAGGAGACAGAGGAGACAGAGGAGAUAGAGGAGAUAGAGGAGAAUCUAUAUAAAAAACAGGUGUAUCAAUAGAAAAUCCAAUGUUAUAAGACUAAUCAUUUAAAAAUUUACAUCUCAAAUUAUUACAUCAUUAAAGAGCAAAUUCUUAAGUUGGAAAAGCUGUUAGAAUAUGA